UAACGUCUGGCGUCGAACAGUCCAUGGCGGAGUCACCUCUACAGUUCGUCAACUUUGGCAAAUCCCUCGUAGUUCCCAGUGUCCAGGAGCUUGCCAAACAGCCCAUCUCAAAAAUCCCACCUCGAUACGUUCACCACGACGAAGAAUCACCCAUUGUUUCUCACGAAACUUCGCUUCUAGCAGUACCCGUCAUCGAUGUUGAGAGAUUGCUGUCUGAAAAUUCCAUGGAUUCUGAGUUGGAGAAGCUUCACUUAGCUUGCAAGGACUGGGGAUUCUUCCAGGUCGUAAACCAUGGACUUUCUACUUCAUUGCUAGAUUGCUUGAGGAAUGAAAUUACAGAUUUCUUCAAACUUCCUUUUGAGGAAAAGAAGGCGUUAUGGCAAGAGCCAGAGAAUCACGAGGGCUUUGGGCAGCUUUUUGUUGUAUCAGAGGAGCAGAAGCUUGACUGGUCAGACAUGUUUUACAUAACCACCCUCCCUGAUAAACUUAGGAAAGUGGAAUUAUUCGAAAAGCUACCCCGAAAACUCAGAGAUGCAAUGGAAGCUUACUCUCUGGAAGUCAAAAUCCUAGCCAUGACACUAUUAAGGGAAAUGGCUAAGGUUCUGAAGAUUGAUGAGGAGGAAAUGAAAGGCUUGUUUAGUGAUGGUGUACAGUCUAUGCGUAUGAACUACUAUCCUCCAUGCCCAGAGCCAGAAAUGGCAAUUGGUUUCAAUCCGCACUCAGAUGCAGUUGCUUUGACAAUUCUAUUUCAGCUGAAUGGAACACCAGGCCUCCAGAUACGGAAAGACGGAAAAUGGCUACCAGUAACGCCACUUCCAGAUGCAUUAAUAGUCAAUGUUGGUGACAUAAUAGAGAUCCUCAGCAAUGGCUUGUAUCGGAGUAUUGAGCACAGAGCAACAGUGAAUUCUGACAGAGAACGGCUAUCUAUUGCUACAUUUUAUAGCUCUAACCUAGACGCAGAAGUGGCCCCUGCUCGCAGCCUUAUUGGACCACAUAAUCCGGCAGUUUUUCGUAGUAUUCCAGUAGAAAAGUUCUUCAGGGAAUUCUUUGCAGCAAAGCUCAAUGGUAAAGCACACUUGGAAUUCAUGAAGAUACAAGCGGGAGAACAUCAAAGUUGUUGAGUUCAUAGGCUGCCAGAUGAAUGUUCAACAGGUUAGUUAGGCGCGUAUGAUCAACCACAUUUGGUUAGUUGGGUUCAUAGGCUGUCAGAUGAAUCUUCAACAGGUUAGGCAUGUAUGAUCAAUGACAUUUGGUUGAGAUUUAUUGUUCUUCCAUCCAGCAUAACAUACAGAUCGAUCUAGAGAAGUUCAAUGACCUGCUUAAUUGCCUGAUUUCGGUUCUCUGUACUUUGGAUGCGCCAUGAUUCUCUGUUACUAUGACCAGCCACAUCAUGGCAAAGAUGUAAUGUAAACAUCCCUCGAUAGUUCAAUGGGAAGACUGAAAUUCUGUAUCGAAUUGUUAUUUUUUUUCCCCUUAUUUGAGCCGAUUGCACUUAAUUA